GCAUCUCUUCCCCUAGCUAUGCAUUACCAGCAUCAAUCACAAACUCCACUGUUCACAGCUAGGAAUAGCAAGUGCUAGUUCAUCCACACAAUACCAUUCUUCCACAAUACCGCAGGGUGGUGAUGCAGCUAUGGAGUUGAGAACUACAGGAAGUGUGUUUGUGGUCUUCCUCUGCUCUGUCGCAGUGGUGCUGGGUCAGCCUGGCUGGGGAGUGACUUACACCCUCCAGAGAGUCUGUGCCUUGAGAGGAUCAUCAGUGGACCUGUCCUGCUCCUAUACUUACCCAAGAGGUCUCACAGUCACUAAAACAUUCUGGUUUACCAAAUGGAAGGAUGGUGAAGGUGCAGAGGACCUGAGUCUGGAUCCAGAGUUUGACGGUCGUGUGCAGUACCGUGGGGAUAACAAGAGUGAAGCAACCCUGACGAUCACAGACCUGAGAGAGAGAGACGCUGCUGUGUACAAGUUCAGGUUUAUUACAAACAAAGACAAAUGGGCUGGUCAACCAGGAGUCACUCUCUCUGUUACAGAUCUUCAGGUGGAGGUGACUCCGUCCACAGUGAUGGAGGGACAGAGGGUGACCCUGACCUGUAACUCCACCUGUCCUCUGACUGGUAACUCCUCUUACAUCUGGUACAAGAACAACCAAACCAGGUCAAAGACCCAACAGAAGCUCCUGUACCUGGACCCAGUCAGCAGUGAGGAUGCAGGCAGAUACUCCUGUGCUGUGACAGAACACCAGCAUCUCCGCUCUCCUGAAGAGACUCUCAACGUGACAUAUAAACCAAGGAAUGUAUCAGUGUCAGUCAGUCCCUCUGGUGAAGUAGUGGAGGGCAGUUCAGUGACUCUGACCUGCAGCAGUGAUGCGAACCCACCAGUGCAGACAUACACCUGGUACAAGGAGAACAUCACCUCAUCUAAAUCAUCUGGACAGAGUUACACCAUCACUAACAUCAGCUCUGAGGACAGUGGAGGAUAUUACUGUCAGGCUGGGAAUACAGUAGGAGAUGCAAACUCCUCUGUUGUAAUGAUCACUCUGAUCAUUAGGACAGGGAUCUCAACAGCUCAGGCUGCAGCAGCAGGAACCACAGUCUCUGUUCUCCUGGCCGUCAUCCUCCUCUCUGCCUGCUUCCUCUGCUGGAGAAAGAAGGCUUCCAAACCUUCUACUGAUCCCAGGGCCUCAGCAGACAAUGGACAGGGGGACUCCUGUUUUGUGUAUGACAACGUCUCAGCCACAACCCUGAACCCUGUCCCUGCUGUCCAGACACACACAGACACAGACACACACAGACACACACACACAGACACACACACAGACACACACACAGGCCAGCAGGAUGACGUCCACUACGCAAGCGUCGACUUCUCUCUUUCCAAGACCCAGGACGUCCCCCUCUACUCCACCAUCCAAUCAGUGCAGCCCCAGAACCAGGAAGAGGAUGUGCAGUACGCUGCUGUGAAGCUCAACCAUCUCUGUCCUGCCCCCUGAGUCUCUGUUCAGACCACUGAGGAUCCCUCUGGACUCUACUGCAACGUCACCAGAGCCAGGACCUGAACACACACACACACACACACACACACACACACACACACACACACACACACACACACACACACACACAGAGGGUACAGCUUGGUUGUUAGAACAUUUUACUGCGAUCAAGAGGUCACAUGUUCACACAUUUCCCAUAUUUCGCACAGGGGACUGUGACAGCAGCUUUGUUCCUGUUUUCCCUCUACACAUCAGACUUCACCUACGACUCUGAGUCCUGUCACGUCCAGAAAUAUUCAGACGAAACAGCUAUAGUGGCGUGUGUGAGGGAGGAGUGUAACGGGUAUGCAACGGACGUGGUCUUGCUCCGCCAGGGCCUUCGUUCGCUGCCAUGGGGAGUCGAACCUGCCACCUUUGACUUGCCAAGCGCAACCACUACCAACUACGCCAAAGAACAGCUAGCUAUUAAUUGACGCGGCGGGUGGCCUCUUACAUACCUGAGGAGUGAGUUUCACCAGUUCACACCGGCUACAGGAGGGGGAGCUAUAGUGGCGUGUGUGAGGGAGGAGCAGGAGGGGGAGUACAGGGACCUGACGAGAGCAUUCAGCGAUAGGAGUGAGGAGAACGGCCUUCUUAUUAACACCAGCAAGACCAAGGAGUUACAUAGCAUCUGUUAUUAUUGUAAAUAUGAGAGCUGUGAGAGACACCUGAAUUUCCCCAUGGGAUUAAAAGAGUACAUAUCUAUCUACCUAUCUAUCUUGCUGUGCUAAACUAGGAAAAAAAGAUUGUACAAUUUGAAUUGUGUUUUACAUUAACUAUUUCAUAUAUUGAUUGAUUUUUGUCUCCUACAUAAGUGUUUUAUUUUCAAUACUCACAAUGCAUUAAGGUACACAACGUUUUAAUGAUAGAGAUGUAUUUUGUUUAAAAUAGAUUUAUGUAUAUGAUUUCCUUUUUCAUGAUGCUGUUUGUUAUAUUAGUUUUACUUGUUAAUAAAAAUGUAUAGAUGUAGAUCACUGUUCAGACCGAUACCAGGGUUGUAUUUCUGUGGUACAAUGAACUACACCACAACGUUCAUGCUGUACUGUAGAUUUAUGGAUAGAUUGUUUGGAUGACUGAAAAGCAAAAAAUGAAUUUGUAAACAGUAAAUAUAUCAAUAAA